GCAUUUAAAAUCUUUUUUUGUAAUCAAACCCGAUAUAAAGAUGGAAAGGAGGAUAUCACAACGUUAUGGCCCUUUUUUUGAACCUAUCCAUUCUUUAGAAAGAGAAUAUCAACGAACAAGACCAAAUAAUGCACCAAGGUCUCUUGUAUUGAAUACUGGAACGGUAGUAGACGCCGCAGGCAGUGGUUACGUUGAGUUGGGUAAGACAAAGGUUAUCGUGGCUGUUCAGGGUCCAAGACCUCCGAUACGAAUAAGAGGAGGAGUGGAAAAUACUAUGAACGGGAGGAUCACUUGCGAGGUUGUCAAAUCUUCUUUUUGUUACUAUUCUUAUGAAAGCACAAGGAUGGCAAAUGUUGGUAGAGGAGUUUCCGAAGAAGAACGUUUAUUAUCAACAAGAUUAGUUAGAGUUUUCGAGCCCAUAGUAAUCCUGGAUAAGUAUCCAAAAUGUUCGAUAGACCUAUAUGUUGUAAUAUUGGAGGAUGAUGGAAGUGCGUUUGCUGCAAUGACUCUGGCAACAUCACUUGCACUAGCAGACGCCUCCAUAGAAAUAAUUUCAGUUGUUUCAAGUGUAACUGUUGCUAUAAGUACGAAACAAGAAUAUCUAGUCGAUCCUGAUAGGACAGAAAGUGAAUGUGCCGUUGGUCUCAUAACUGUAUCAUUACCUUUACAUGCAGCGCAACUUUGUGAAAUACAGCAUACGGGAAAGCUUUCCAUACAAGUGUGGCUAUCGGCAGUUCAGCUCGCAGUUGAAGUUGCACAAACCAUUGGAAACUCCAUGUGCCAGUUUCUAUUACAAGAGAUGGAGAAGAAUGAGACACCUUCUUUGUGUAGUUGAGACUUUAUGGUAAGUUAUCGACGACAAUAUUUGACAUGGA